ACAUUCUUCUCUCAUGUCCAUGUUUUGUCCUGAGCAGGACGAGAAGACAACCUAAUUCGUGUUAGUUAUUAUUCCCUUGUCAGCCUUGGAUCUUUAAUUUGUUGUUCCCUCCGCUUCAAGAAAAAAAGGACAUUUAUGGCAAAAAAGAGCAGCAGCAUUGAACAAGUUGCGAGAGGAGAACGGGGUGAGGAACACAACACUCAAUUCACAUGGCCGUACCUAGACCCGUACCCCAAGAAAGCGAAAGUGUGAAACACUCACCUACCCUCUGAAAUCUAACAAAUCAAUUCAGUUUUCCCUUCCCUUCCCUGUUUCUAUUCACAUUGUAUUCUCCUCUGUUUUUUUCACUCAACUUAGACAAAAGAGAAAGGAAAAAACAAUGAAUCCAGAGAUAUCUCGUUGCAGGUUACCACUUCGCACGCUCUCUAAACACACGCACCACCCUCUUCUCCACCUCCGCCUCAUGUUCCUCUUCGUUCCCACCUAAACUGUUUCCCUUCAAUUCCACGUCACAAUAACAACCUUUUUUUUUUAAGAAAAAAAACUUAGGAAUUACGAGAUUUCUGAAACCUUAAUGUUGUCUGAAUCCGUUUUCUGCCUCUUGACCGAAGACCUGCUCAUCCGGGUCCUCGAGAAGCUCGGGCCGGAUCGGAAACCGUGGCGGCUGGUGUGCAAGGAAUUUCUCCGGGUCGAAUCGGCGACCCGGAAGAGCAUUCGGAUCCUCCGAAUCGAGUUUCUGCUCAGGCUGUUGGAGAGGUUCUGCAACAUUGAGACGCUGGACCUGUCGCUUUGUCCUCGGAUCGAAGACGGGGUUGUGUCGGUUGUGCUGAGUCAGGGAUCGGCGAGUUGGACUCGGGGACUGAGGAGGCUCGUGCUGAGUCGCGCCACCGGGUUGGACCACGUGGGCUUGGAGAUGCUGAUUCGCGCGUGCCCCGUGUUGGAGGCCGUGGAUGUGUCCCAUUGUUGGGGGUAUGGGGACAGAGAGGCCGCGGCGCUAUCGUGCGCCGGGAGGUUGAGGGAACUCAACAUGGAUAAGUGUUUGGGAGUUACUGAUAUUGGGUUGGCCAAGAUUGCUGUCGGGUGUGGCAAAUUGGAGAGGCUGAGUUUGAAGUGGUGCUUGGAGAUUUCUGAUCUGGGGAUUGAUCUUCUUUGCAAGAAGUGCUUGGACUUGAAAUUUCUCGACGUGUCCUAUCUCAAGGUAGCAAGCGAAUCUUUGAGAUCAAUAGCUUCUCUAUUAAAGCUUGAGGUUUUCAUUAUGGUGGGCUGCUCUUUAGUGGAUGAUGUUGGAUUACGGUUUCUUGAAAAAGGAUGUCCACUACUUAAGGCAAUUGAUGUAUCAAGGUGUGAUUGUGUUAGCUCAUCCGGUUUAAUAUCUGUAAUUAGUGGACAUGGAGGUCUUGAGCAGUUGGAUGCGGGAUAUUGCCUCUUUGAGCUUUCAGCACCUCUUGUUAAAUGCUUGGAGAAUUUAAAGCAGCUGAGAAUAAUUAGAAUUGAUGGUGUUCGAGUUUCUGACUUUAUCCUCCAGACAAUUGGCACCAAUUGCAAGUUGUUAGUGGAACUUGGUUUAAGCAAAUGCGUUGGGGUGACCAACAAGGGAAUUAUGCAGCUAGUAUCUGGCUGUGGCAAUUUGAAGAUACUUGAUUUGACUUGUUGUCAGUUCAUCUCUGAUACAGCCAUCUCUACUAUAGCAGACUCUUGUCCAGACCUUGUCUGUCUGAAGCUAGAAUCUUGUGAUAUGGUGACUGAGAAUUGUCUUUAUCAACUUGGGUUAAAUUGCUCACUUCUCAAAGAGCUUGAUCUUACUGAUUGCUCUGGCAUCGAUGACAUAGCUCUAAGAUAUCUAUCAAGAUGUUCAGAACUCGUAAGAUUGAAGUUAGGAUUAUGCACAAACAUAUCAGACAUAGGAUUGGCACACAUUGCUUGUAACUGCCCAAAAAUGACUGAACUUGAUCUCUAUCGAUGUGUACGUAUUGGAGAUGAUGGGCUAGCAGCGCUAACAAGUGGAUGCAAGGGGUUGACAAAGCUCAACUUGUCAUAUUGCAAUAGAAUUACAGACAGAGGGAUGGAAUAUAUCAGCCAUCUUGGUGAACUAUCUGAUCUGGAGUUGCGUGGGCUUUCAAAUAUCACAAGCAUUGGUAUAAAAGAAGUUGCAAUAAGUUGUAAGAGAUUGGCAGAUUUAGAUUUGAAACAUUGUGAAAAAAUUGAUGAUUCAGGUUUCUGGGCCCUUGCUUUUUAUUCACAAAACCUGCGGCAGAUAAAUAUGAGCUAUUGUAUUGUGUCAGAUAUGGUGUUGUGCAUGCUUAUGGGUAACUUGAAACGCCUGCAAGAUGCCAAACUGGUGUGUCUUUCUAAAGUGAGUGUUAAAGGAUUGGAAGUUGCCCUUAGAGCUUGCUGUGGUCGGAUUAAAAAGGUUAAACUGCAGAGGUCCCUCCUGUUCUCGCUUUCCUCAGAAAUGCUCGAGACCAUGCAUGCACGAGGGUGCAAGAUCAGAUGGGAUUAGCCUGAGCCACGCUAUUAAUCAGUUAUACUUUCUUUUCUUGGAAGCUGAUGCUGCUUCAUUUAAGAUCUUUUUUAUUCAAAAUUUUAUAUUUCUCUUGCAUUUUCUUUUCCUUAAACUCUGUUACCCUAGUGAGAUGCAUACGAGUUCAAUUAGGUGACAUUGACAGAUUUCUAGAGAAGGUAUUUUUUUCACCUUCUAAAGUUAACAUUCUCUCCAAUAAAGCAUAAGGUUACUUAUCUUCGAAUUUAAUCUGAUUUCAA